AUGCCACUCGUGUUACUGGGCAGCACGGAGAAGCCCAAGACCCGGUUGAUUGCCGACUACUGUGUUGAGUUUGCGCUGAAAGAGGUCCACGCGACGGUUGCUGAGGAAAUCAAGAAAGCACAGACCCAGCAAAAGCAAAAUUAUGAUGCACGUAACACUGCUCAUCAGACAGAAAUUCUGAGACCCGAAGACAUUGUAUGGUUACAUAGCACUGUCAUACCGAAAGGACGCAGUAGAAAGUUCCACAAACCGUGGAUUGGUCCGUACGUCAUACUCUGUUGUCAAGGACGUUUAAACUAUGUGAUUCGUCCAAAAUCGGGAAAAGGAAGGAGCUCGUGUGUGCACCGCAAUCGACUCAAGCUGGUACAGAAUCAGACGGAUGACAUUAACGAGCAAGACAUGCCAUCUCCAUUGUCGACCAAGAGCGAGAAAUCCCAAGAGCAGAGAGUUGCUGAAUCACCGAUAGUUCACAAGGAAGUUGAAGCAACGAACAUGGUACCUCUAAGGAGAUCUACCCGUCAGCGCCGACCACCUGAUCGUUACCAGGACUUUAAUUUAGAUGAGCUUGAGAUCGAGGACGCUCUCACUUAA